AACUUCCAAUAUCACAAUACCCGAAGAACAAGAACCUUUGGGGGUUGAUUGAUAUAUUAACCAUAUCGUGAUGGCGGGAAAACAUAUUAAUGUAGCCGUGUUCAUGGUUGCCAUGUUGGCGGCGCUUUUGCAGUGUGGGGUAGCGCAAACAGUGCACGUGGUCGGAGAUGACCUAGGAUGGGUCAUCCCGCAGGGAGGCGCAAGCGCUUAUGAUGCUUGGGCUGCUUCUAAGAAAUUUGUGAUCGGUGAUACAUUAGUGUUCAACUUCGCCACUAAUCAACACGAUGUGCUCGAAGUUCCGAGGGCAUCAUUCGAUUCAUGCAGUUCAGCCAACCCCAUUGGAUCGGUCAUCACUACGGGGCCUGCAAACAUAACCCUCAGCGCUGCCGGUGAGCACUACUACAUUUGCACCUUCAGCCAGCACUGCUCGCUCGGGCAAAAACUCAGCAUAACAGUCUCCUCUCCUGGCGCCUCACCAUCACCGAGGACUGCUCCAGCCCCAAUUCCCCCACCCACCAACGACACGAUCCUGCAGCAUGCGCUCCUGUUCCGGCUGCUACUUCACCGGGGACUGGAAUUCCUCCUCCUCCUCCUGGUUCUUCUUCGCAUGCCAUCACAGCUAGUCUUCUGUUUCCCAUGAUGUCUAUCUUCGUUUAUUGGUUCAUGUAGAACAUCACGCAUAUAGAAGGGGCGCAGGACCAGUCUGUUCUAUUUAUAUUACAUUCUUGUACGUGUGUUAUGGAAUAAAUCACCAUUCAUCUGUUUUUCUUGUUUAACAAUAAGAUCACAAGGUACCAUCAUUUUAUUAGUUGAAAUUUAUAAAUAUUUGGACAUCGGCCUUCAGCCCUAGCCACAGCCAUUCAUCUAUUUCUUUUGUAAUAGAGAUAUCAGAUAUUCUAACACGGGCAAUACGGCUUGCAUAAUACAUGAAGCAACGUUGUGCGAUAGCUCUUCGAUC